CUUCUACGAAAUAUACCUAUGUCUUCCUGCUGUGACAAUGCCCAAAUCAAACGUAGACCCCCUGAUCAUCUACCCCACCUCCACCCAUACUCAUACCUUCAUUGUUCUUCAUGGCCGCGGUUCCAACGCGCUCCAUUUCUCUCAAGACACCACGAAUCCCGUCAAACCAGGUUUCUUGACAUGUACUACCUCAUCCGGUCUUACUCUCGCACAGAAAUUCCCCGGUCUAAAAUUCGUCGUUCCAACGGCUCCGAAGCGUCGAUGUACUGCAAAGAAAAGGCUGGCGAUGAAUAUCUGGUUCGAUAAUUCAUCUUUUGAGGAUCCUUAUGAAAGAGAAGAGGUUGCGGACAAUUAUGAGAUGGUGAAGGAGAUUGUGACGGAAGAGGCUAAGGAGCUAGGCGAAAGGGGGUUGCAGAAGGUGUUUCUGGGCGGACUGAGCCAAGGGUGUGCAAUGUCGUUGCAUGUUCUGCUGGCCUUUGAUAGGGACGAAGAAGAGAAGUGUAUGGGGUUUGGGGGGUUUAUUGGGAUGAGUGGGUGGCUGCCUUUUCAGGACGAGAUUAACAGUUUGCUUGGCAUCAGGAGAGGGGAUGACGGAGAAGAGGACGAGAACCCUUUUGGUGAUGAAUCUGGUGAUGAAGAAGACGGUGGGGAUGCUGAGGACCCGGUCAACGAACUUCUGGUUUGUCGACAUACCCCCAUAUUCCUCGGUCAUGGAGACCAAGACGAUGUCGUUCCGCUGGAAUACGGGAAGAACGUGAUGGAAGCACUACAGGCGAUGGGUAUUAAUCUUGAAUGGAAAGUCUAUGCAGAACAAGGCCAUUGGUAUAAAGUUCCAGAUACAAUAGAUGAUAUAGUUCGGUUUUUU